UAUCCGGGCAACUUCUCCAGCGCUUGCUCCAUAAAGAACUCUGAAACCCAAACCUCAGACUGUUCUUCACAGCGAUAGCCGAACCCCUUUUCUUCAUCUUUCUUGUAAAUUCCGCUCUCUGAACAUUUUUCUUUAUUCCUUUAUUUUUUUAUUUUUAGUUUCUUGUCUUUGCAAAGCUGUUUUUCGUGUUCAAUCUGGCUGUAAUGGUUGAUGAUGGGUUUGUGGAAGGUGAACUAGUAAUCGACUGGGACCAGCUGUUCGAAAACAUACCCGAUGACUUGAAUUUCGAUUUCGGCGGUUUGCCCGCCGCGGAUGGGGUCUCUACCUCGCCUGAUUCGGGUCUUUCUUUCUCCAUUGAUGACAUAGAGCAGUAUCUUAUGAGCGAUGACUGUAAUCAUGCAGAGGAGAAAGAUCAGGAGAUUAUAGUUGAUGGGUUUUUGUCGGAGGUGCUUCUAGAUUUGUCACCCGGGCCCGGGUCGGAUCGGUCUAAGGAUUCUUCUCCCAGCCCCGAGUUGGUGGAGGUUGAGACGGACCAAGAGGGAAAAGAUGAAGACAAGCCCCAUCAGGAGUCCCUGGAGGUUGACACAGACCAAGAGGGGAAAGAUGACGACAAGCCCCGUCAGGAGUCCGUUGAGGUGGAGACGGACCAAGAGGGGAAAGAUGAAGACAAGCUCCAUCAGAAUGGGGUGGAGAGUCCGCAGACAGAGGAGAACAAUGACGCUGUAGAUGAUGAUGAUGAUCCCGCUGCGAAGAAACGCAAGAGGCAAAUGAGGAAUAGGGAUGCAGCGGUGAGAUCACGAGAAAGGAAGAAGAUGUAUGUGAGGGAUCUUGAGAUGAAGAGCAAGUAUUACGAAGCAGAAUGCAAGAGGCUGGGGGCUUUGCUCCAGUGUUGUCUUGCUGAGAAUCAAGCAUUACGGCUAUCCUUGCACAAUACGAAGGCAUUUGAUGCAUCCAUGUCCAAGCAGGAGUCUGCUGUGCUCCUUUUGGAAUCCCUGCUGUUGGGUUCCCUGCUUGGGUUCCUGGGCAUCAUAUGCCUGUUAAUUCUCCCCAGCCGGCUCCUGUCAACUCUGGGACAGGGUCUUCUGGCAAACACAGGCAUCACUGUGUGGGGAAGCGUGGCUCCAAGAAACGCAGUAAGUAAUGAUUUCAAGGUUUUAUUUCGUUCAUUUAUGAUGGGGAAGAGAUGCAAAGCUUCAAGAUCAAGGAUGAAGUUAUUGUCUGCUACAGAGGCCACCGUCUUCUAAUAUAACUUCUGGGAUGAAGCCCAUUAGCAACAGUUUCCUACUAGUUGCGCUGCCACUCCCUCCCUCCUUGAUAUCAAUUAUCACAAUAAAAAGUAGUUUUGUAGAUUAAGAGUCAGAAUAUGUAUUUGAACCAGGUUUUUUCAUCUCAUGUUAAUGUACUAAUAUGGAGAACUACUUAUCUAUUUUCAACUCCUUAGCUUUUAAAAUCGCUGUUCUACGGUGCUGUCUGUAAGCCUUUCUCACACCAGCUGACGAAUCUCAGAGUUGGUGAACUCCAAAGCAUCUCUGCCCCCAAUCCCAAUCUGGCAAAUUCCCUCUGCAUGGCGAUAAUCAUGCAAUGAUGAAUGUGAUUUUCUUCCUUUCGGUUGCAUGCAGAUGGAUGCAACUGAAAUAAUGUGUAAAUGGUAUAGUAUAUCACAAAUGGAUAGCAUCUCUAGAAGCAGAUUAGGUCUUAUGGAGUUCUCAAACUCGUUCUAUUUUCAUCUUUUAAUAGUUAAAGAAAAGACAUAUUUUCACC